AUGUCCCUCACAUCUCUCCUCUCCCUCUUGCCUUACCUCGUUUUCAUCGCCGCUAGCCCAUUCACCUUGGACGAUCGGAUAUGGGACAGAGCAAACACCCCUACCCCGCUCAGCUUCUCACCCUCUGGUGAUGCCGGUAUCUCGGCUCAACAAAUGUUUCUUGGAACCAACAAAAAGGUGUACAUCCUCGACAAGACGGAGAAUAACCCUGUCAAUGUGACUGGAAAAUAUGGUACACACCCCGCUUGGGCCGUCGAAUAUGACCUCGCCACAAACACAUAUCGAACUAUGGAUGUCGAUUCCAAUACGUUCUGCGCUUGUGGUGGUGUCUUGGCCAAUGGUACUUGGGCCAUUUUCGGUGGGAAUCAACCCAUCACAACCGGAGGAGUUGCCACCACCGACCAGGGUGCUUAUCACGAUACGGACGGAGGUACUGCCAUUCGAUUGAUAAACCCCUGCAAUGACCAAUCAUGUGAAUACAUCCAAGGCGAUCAACCAUUCCAGGUUAGCGAGGGCGACACCGGCGGCUAUCUCCAGAUGACCGGUCGACGAUGGUACCCUACGGUAGAAGCUCUUCCCGAUGGAUCACUCAUCAUUAUCGGCGGAGACAAAAAUGGCGGUUAUGUCAACACUCCCGCCCAAGACAACCCAACCUACGAAUUCUUUCCCCCCAAAGGCGACGGAAACGCUGUCAACCUUCAAUUCCUCUCUGACACACUUCCUAUCAACCUAUACGCUUUGACGUGGCUCAUGCCUUCUGGUCGACUAUUCAUGCAAGCCAACCGAAAGUCAAUCUUGUACGACUACGAAUCUCAGGAAACAACCAAUCUCCCCGACAUGCCCUUUGCCGCUCGAGUGUAUCCAGCCUCAGCAGCCACCGCUCUCCUUCCCUUGACUCCAGAUAACAAUUACACUGCCACUGUCCUCUUCUGUGGCGGGUCUGCAAACGAACAAUGGGGUAACGAUGGUGGUCCUGGAUUCAACAUCACCGCCGUCCAAGCUGACAACACUUGUGUCCGUAUCAGUCCAGACGAUGACAAUCCGCAAUACGAACAGGAUGAUUACAUGUUUGAAUCCAGGUCCAUGGGACAGUUCGUCAUACUACCUGAUGGUACAUUCUGGUUUGGAAAUGGCGUCGAAUACGGCACUGCCGGAUAUGGACCACCUUACUAUUCCACCGGUCAAUCCUACGGACAAGCUCCUGUCUACUGGCCUGCCAUUUACAACCCUUCGGCUCCAAAAGGUGGAAGAUGGAAUCGAACCGGCCUUUCACCGUCCCAAAACGAGAGGAUGUAUCACUCCACCGCCAUCCUGCUCCCCGAUGGUUCCGUCUUCAUUUCAGGAAGCAAUGCAAACGCCGAUUUCACAAACGAUCAAUGGCGAUCAAGGACAGACACGGAACGUUGGUACCCUUGGUAUUUCAACCUUGCCCGACCGACCUACAGCGGAAUGCCGAGUACGAUAUCCUAUGGCGGUGAAUCGUUCGACCUCGUCAUCGCCGGUUUGACAGACGAGAAUACAGUCAAGAAUACCAAAGUCGUUUUGAUAAGAGGAGGUUUCAACACCCAUGCAAUUGGAUUCGGUCAGAGAUAUCUUCAGUUGGAGAAUUCGUACACGAUAGAUAUGGAAAGUGGUAACACGACCCUGCAUGUUUCUCAGAUCCGAGGGAAUCCAGGACCGACGCUGUUCCAACCCGGUCCAGCAUUGUUCUUCUUGGUGGUAGAUGGCGUUCCUUCAGAAGGAGACUUUGUAAUGAUUGGUUCUGGGGAGAUCGGAACUCAACCCACUACGACUAACGCUCCUUUGCCUAGUUCUCAGGUGAAGGCGGUGCAGACGAAUACGACAGAUGACACGGGUUCAGGAUCAGGAUCAGGGUCUGGGUCUGGAUCUGGGUCGAGUGCGGGGAUGAGACUCGAGGUGGGUGGUUUGGUAUGGGGAACCGGGUGCAUGGUGGUGCUGGGCUUGAUGGUGAUGGUUUAG